UGUAAAGUAUCGAUAUUUACAUACAACUCGCCGCUACAACGAAGCUACCCUCCUGUCCCCUGAACGAUUCCAUUAGGAAGCCGUUAUCAUGUCGAUUGAACCUGUUCGUAUCUCCUAUCAGAUUCUACGAAGCAGUCCGCAUACCGCUGCAGAAGACAUUCAACAAGCGUUCGGGUCCGAUGAAGGUUGCCUCGGCAUUAUCUUGGUUGACGAUCUGCCUGAACAAUUCACAGCUUUACGUGAGAAGCUGUUUCGCCUCGCUCAGGUAUUUGCAACGGCUUCGGAGGACGUCCGCGAAUCACUCGUUAGGCCAGAGACAUCGUAUUCUUUUGGAUGGAGUCAUGGGAAGGAGGUGAUGAACGGGCGCCCCGAUACCCAAAAGGGGUCAUACUACGCCAAUCCUAUGCUGGACGUGCCCAAUGUGAGCGACGCUCAAAGGCAGGCUCAUCCAGAGUAUUAUGCGGGCAACGUCUGGCCUAGAGACGUACCUGGUUUAGAAGACUUUGAAAAGACCUUCAAAGCACUCGGAGCAUUGAUCUUCGAAGUUGGAUGUGCUCUCGCAACGGCUUGUGAAAGCUUUGUGGCGUCGAACGUUGCUUCAGGUAGCAAGAGUACUGUCCAAUCGCUCAUUGCGAAUUCAAAGACCAACAAGGCUCGACUGCUACACUAUUUCCCCGAAACUGCUUCAUCAUCAUCAUCGUCAUCAACAACAUCAUCCGACUCUCCAUCCGAUGGUCAGAGGAUAGCUAAUGAUGCACUUUGCGGAACUCAUGUGGACCAUUCGCUCCUCACUGGGCUGUGCUCUGCGAUGUAUCUGUCGACAGAGACGGGUUCCCCUCAGAUCGUGUCUGCGCCAACUCCGACUGCAGGUCUCUGGAUAUAUCCUAGACACCGAACGGGCACUCCGAGGCCCGAUCCUGUCAAAGUGGCUAUACCACAGCAUUGUUUAGCAUUUCAAACAGGCGAAGCCUUGGAAAUCCUGACUUCCCAUAGGCUAGCCGCUACGCCUCAUUUCGUCAGCGGUUCUUCGGGAGGUUCACCACAGGCUCAGUACAUCUCCAGAGAGACUUUCGCCUUUUUCUUGCAGCCUGAUGUAGAUGACGUGAUAGGACCGGAUGGCGAGACCUUUGGUGCUUUCACCAAACGGGUGCUGGGACGACAUUAUCAAGAUCAAGCAUUCAAAGAAGCGGAAGAUUGAAGAGGCAAUAGACAAAUGCAGUGUUGCAUGCAGAUGCGAUGACAGAUGA